AUGCGGAAUCCUGCCAUACAAGAUGUACCGACGCCGGUUAUUGUUCGACAAGCGACAGGCGCAGCUGAUAUGACUGCCGCCAGGAAAUGCUUUGAAGCGUACACGGAAUGGCUGGACGAAGAUAUCUCUUUCCAAAAUUAUGCCGAAGAGCUCAAAGAUCUACCUGGAAAAUACUCACCUCCAUCCGGCGCACUACUUCUUGCCGUAGACUCGACAAGCAGAAACAUCCUUGGGUGCAUUGCGAUGCGACCUCUGCAUCUCGAGUCACGUUAUCUCCUGGACCGCCGACCCGACGCUCGAUACUGCGAAGUCAAAAGACUGUUCGUUUACCCGGAGGCGAGAGGCAAGCAAGUGGCCAGACUUCUGGUCUGUGAGGUACUGCGGCGCGCGGAGGAGCAAGGUUACGACGAGGCUCUUCUCGACACCAUGACCAAGAUGCAAGCUGCAAUUGGACUGUAUGCUUCGGAGGGAUUCAAAGAAACAUCCCCUUACUACCACAACCCUCUCAACGGAGCCAUGUAUAUGUUUAAGAGGCUGUCCAAACUCUAA